AAUAUCUACACUCAGUGGUCUCUGCGGAGGUUUCACGUUAAAACGUCUCUCGAACGAAACACACGACGAGAUUUCCACGGAAAAGCGCAAUGUGAAAGCCAAAAAAGACUAGAAAUAGCCUGGCGUGACGUCCCACACAGACGACAGACAGCAGAACGAUUAGCACCGCACCGUCAGUAGCGGACUAUAGCGAACCGAGAGAGGAUCUAACGCCCCGAUCUAACCGAUCCGAUCCGAUCCUAACUAACUGAUCUUGAAGUGUUUAGCCUAAGAAGUGUUACGAAAAUGCCAACAUUCCAUUGCUGAAAUCGGAAGGAAAAUACCGAGAGAACAUAGAUUCCUGGGCAGCAGGUGGUUGUCUCCCGCGAGUGUCUCAAGUGCCUAAAACAAGGAUGUGUUUUUAAUCAAAAAAGAAUCCCUCGACGGCGAACACCGAGCUGCGUUAUCCGAGUUAAAAGUCGAGGAGGACUGCACCACCGGGUGGUUUUAGUGGUUCGCGGGGACCAUGCCGGUCAUUGCCGAUGCCGCCAGCGAUGAGCCACCAGCAAAAUGUUGCAAACAUUGUGAGGGUGAGUUUCCUUUCUGGCCAAACGAUUGGAAUCCAUUCGAGAAGUCUACGCAAAGCGUGGACGGCGGACCUGCAUCGUGGCGUUUAACGCUCGAUCAGGAUCUAAUUGACACGCUCAAGGGCAACUUUCCCAGCUGGUUCCAGGUCUCAGCCGGCGGAGGAGGAGCAGCCAGCAAGCAGCAGCAGCACCAUCAUCAUCAUCAGCACAACCAUCAGCUGGUCCAGCAGAAGCAUCACCAACUGGUGGCCACCAGUGUCAUACCCAUAACCAUUGACACCAAGCUCGGCGCCAGCAAUACAAAUACACUCCAGCAACAUCAGCAGCAGGCGGCCAUCCUGGGCCACAGUUCGUCGUCGGCCUCGCCCGCGUCCUCCGUCAGUUCCAACUCCUCGAAGAAGUCCAUCAGCAGCAGCCUGAGCAGCUGCAGCAGCAGCAGUAGCAACAGCAGCAGCAGCUCCCAUUGCAUCUCCAACGCCAAGUCCGGUACCAGUGGUUCCAAGGGAGCCAGUGCAGCGACGGCGAGCAGGUUCCUCAACAAAUCCACCUCCACGUCGCCCGCCAAGAGCCUUGCGAGGACUCUGAAGGCCACCCAGAAGACGGGCGGCAACCAGAAGGUUGGCCAGCUGGUCAAGUCCGCCUCCCUGCACAGCCUGAGCAGCGGCAGCAGCGGCAGUAGCAGCGGGAACAGCGCCAGCGGCAGCUCCUCGCUGCUGGCCACCAUCUCCACGUCGCCGCUGACCACCGUCGAGCUCAUCUCGAGCGCCGCCUGCAGUGGCCUCCUGGCCACCAGGCUCAGCGGCAAGGACUUUCAGGACAUAAUUCUGCUGCAGGAGGCCAUGUCCGACAUGUCGGAGGGUGAGCAGCGUUUGCAUGCCACGUUUCUGGGCAGCAGCGAUGAUGGCAACAACUCGGAUUGUUACGAUGCCAGACAGUCGCCGCCAAAGGCAAUCGUGGAUUCCAGUCCGCUGCAGCCGGCGAUGGACAAGAACAAAGAAUCGCUCAAAGUGAAGCUCAUGGUGCGACGUCCACAUUCGCAGCUUGUCGAGCAGGGCAUCAUACCAUCUCUGAAGACAUCGCCCGCCAUCCACGAACAAUGCAAGCAACUGGAGCGCGCCAAGACCAGCGAUCUGCUGAAGGCCAAGAUCCAGCAGCGGCCCAAUCGCGAGGAUCUGGAGAGGCUGCACAUCCUGGAGGAGGACGAGUGCCACAUCGAUCCGAGUCUGGCGGAGAAGCAGCGCAUGCUGAAGAAGGCUCGCCUGGCGGACCAACUCAACUCGCAGAUUCAGCAUCGUCCUGGUCCAUUGGAGCUAAUCAAGAAGAACAUCCUGCACACGGAGAAGCCGAUCGAGAAGAUCGUCAAGGAGGGACUGGUGUCCUUCAAGGCCACCAGCGAGGGAUUGCUCACCAGGCCGCAGCAUCCGCAUAGCUAUGUGACCUUCGACGAGGAUUCCCUGAGCUCGGAGAGCGAUACGCGGCAGACGCCGCCGCGUUUGGAUGAGGCGAUGGCGGUCGCAUCCAGUUCACCCACCGAUGUGCUACAGGCGGCGGCUGCCUCUGCGGGAAUCGUGUCCAUGGCCCUGACCAUGCCCACAGCGGGUCAACUGGUGGUCACCUCACCUAGGAUUCUCACCCAGCAGCAGCAGCCGAAGGCUGUGUUGGUUCCGGCUCCAGUACCACCACCUCCGCCGCCGCCACCACCUCUUCCGGUGGCCAGUAUCAUUAAGGUGAAGCAGGAGACGGCCAAUCUGUUCGAGGAACUGUGCCAGAGUGUGACGGGAACGACGGCGAGUCCGGUCAGCCUCCAGUACCUGCCCAUGCUGGCAUCGCCCUGCUCCCGGGCCUCGAGUACGUCCACCCUGAGCCCCCUCUCCUCCAUCGCCUCGCCGCCACCCCCGCCGAUGACCACCACUCGGCUGCACCUCCAGCCCGUGUCCGUCAAGUCCGAUGCCCCGGGGAAGGACAAGAACCGGAAGAAGUCCAAGUCCAAGCCGGUGUCCAAGGCGCGCACCAUUAAGUUCCACGAGUACAAGGGUCCGCCGAGUGCCGCUGGCCAGAAGCAGGAUCAAACACAGCCGGAGGAGACCUCCUACCAGCUGAUGUUGGAGCAGCAGAACUGCCUGCUAAAGUUCCUGGAGAACCUCAACAAGAAUCAGUCCAUCAUCCCAGCGCCCAGUGCGCCGGGUGUCAUGAUUCCUUCAGCGCCGGGAGCGACCAACAACAGCAUCACGGUGACCACGAAGACGGUGCCCGCUCUGGCCUCGCAAUCUGCUCCAGCUCCGGCUCCCAUCAGCCUGCCCAAUACCAUUUCCAUAACGAGCAGCUCGGGAGGAGCUCCGCUGAAUUUCGGCGAUGCCGCGAUGUUGACGUCCACGCCGGCGGUUACGCCCACACCGCCCACACUGUCGCUAAUUGCCACACCGCACCAACAAUUGCAGCUACACCAGCAACAUCAGCAGCUACAACUUCAACCGGCUGUUGUGCAGCAUCCACCACCUCUGCCCUCGCCGGCGCUCUCGGUUAGCUCCUCGAUUCCGCCCAGUCCGGCCACCAGUUAUGCCGAGUCCACCACCAGCUCCAUCACGGAUCUGACGCGGCUGGAGAAGAUGAAGGUCUCGGACUUGAAGCAGCAUCUCAAGCGCAGGAAUCUGCCCGUAUCCGGACCCAAGCCCCAUCUUAUCGAGCGACUGAAGCCGUAUCUGCCUUUGGAGCCACUUGAGAGCACUGUAACAGCCACUCCUGCUUCUAACAGCAAUACCACCACAGAGGUGAUCACCAUCAGCGAUGCCAUGGAUACCAGUAACUGCGGCUUGGUGGAACAAACUCCGCCGGUGACCAUGUUGGUCUCAGAUGCGGGCUUGGAGCACGAGCAAAUGGACGUGGUGCAGCAGCAGCUGGAUAACACACAUCCGAUAACUUUGCAGACCAUUCUGCCUCCACAACCGCAAACGGCCACCAUAGUCCUGACCAACGAGGAACUGCUGAGGGAGCAGCAGCGCAAGAUUGAUGAGCUGCAGCGGCAAUUGCAGCGAUCGCAGCAGGAGUUGCAGAAAAUACGCCAGCGACAACAGCAGCAGCAACAUCAGCAGCAGACUGUCACGGCCCAAGUGGUGAAUUCAUUGCCCACGCAGCAGAUUACGCUGAUCACCACGACCUCGAACGGACCGCAGCAAACGCUGACUGUGAUGCCGCAGCAGGUGGAGAAGACCAUACCGGCCAAGGUGACGGUGAAAGCUAGUGGAGGUCACAAGGUCAAUGGGUUGCAGCAACAGGGAUCGGCAGCGAAGAAGCCAGCUGGCGGCAACUCCAACAACAACAGCAGUAGCAACAUCUCAUCAGCCAAUCCACCGCCCAUCAACCAAAAGAUGGUGGUCAAGCAGCAACUUGAGGCCAAAAUCCAAAAGCAGAAAGCAGCGGCAGCAGCCGCGGCACAGCAGCUCCAACAACAGCAACAACAGCAGCAACAACAGCAGCAGCAACAGCAACAACAACAGCAGCAACAGGUGCGCCUGCUCACGCAAAAGACACAAACUGUACUCAUUCCAUUCAACAACAACAACAAUCACAUAAACAAUGCUCCUGCCAAGACAACAGCCAAGAAAUCCAAUGUGCCCGCCAGCAAUACAACCAGCACAACCAUAUUGCAGGCAGCUAAGCCGGCGGUAACAGCAGCAACUACUCCAGUUACCCAGCACCACAAUAACUUGGGGCUGUUGUGGAACGAGGGCAAUCAGACCAUAUUCCUGGUGGGUCUGAACGAUCAACAGAUGACGGCGCACACGCUGGGCAACAUCAGCUUAACGGCCACCACCACAACAGCAGCUCCUGCUCCACCAGCUCCUCCCAAGAAGCUUUUGAAUGGCCACCAACGCACAAACUCCCUGCCCAGCAUUGUUUUCCCCAUCGAAACCAAGUCCAUCAUCACGCAGCAGCAGUUGCAGCAGCUCCAACAACAGCAACAUCAGCAAUUCCAGCCUGUCCAGCAGCAGCAGCAACUUAUCCAGCUGGAUAUUAAGCCCUCUCCAGCACCACCGCCGCAUUAUGAGGAGGCCACCAAGCAGCUGGCGGCCAGCAAGGCGGCAGCUUUGAAUGGCCUCCUACCGCUGGUGAAGAUUAAGGAGGAGCCCGUUCAAUCCCCGGCGCCGGCUGUUGCUCCUUUAACAACAACAGCUCCUGUGUGCAAACGUAAAUCGGCGAGCAUCAAGUCCGAACAGGUCAGCGAUGUCCUGGACAUACUCAUCAAACAGGGAGAGCUUCCGGAAAGUGCCGCUCUGGAGCCCAUCACACCGCUGACGCCGCUGCCCGAGUUGUCCAUGUUCAACGGAGCCACGCCCACGACGGCGGCGGGUGGAGCCAGCAUAGUGCCGCUGGUGCCCAAGCUAGAGGCUCCAUCCACUCCGGCCCAAGCCCUUGACAUCGUGGCCAUGGACACGAAUGAAGCGCACGUGAGCUAUGUCAGCACUCAGCCCACGGCGAGUCAUGGAUUCAUCGAGAACAUAGACAUGGCCUCGCCUCUGCAGACGGAUACGUCGGCCAUCGAUGCGGAGAGUGUGGCCAAGACCCUGGACAUCUUCCUGGAGCAGCACCAUGCCACGCCCCCGCCCAGCACGCCGCCCAAGAGUUGUCACAGUGGCAGCGAGAAACCCAAUAGUCCGGAUGCCAAGCUCAAUCACUUCGAUGAGUACGAGUUGCUGGAGCUGAUGUCGCAGCAACUGGAGAUGGACAUGGGGGACGACUCCAGUGGCUAUUGUCACACCUCGUCGGCCAAGAACAGCGGCGGCAACAACAACGGCAACCUGCGACGCGAUCUCAAUCCCAGCCUGCAGCCGUCCAUCAACGAGCUGCUGGACGCCAGCAGUCCGGACAGCGUGCUGCUGAACAACAAUGCGGGUGCCGAUGUGGACUUCGAUGCGGAUAGCUUUGUGGCCCAGCUGAGCCAGCAUGUCACCGGCAAUGGCAACAGUCCGGGGGUCAAUUGCAAUGGAUCCCUGGAAGCAUCGUCGUCGGCCGUGAAUGGCCAUUUUGGCAGCCACAGCACCCCGAUGGAUUGCGAUGAUUUCGAGAGCACACUCAACUCCUUCAUGCAGGCGGUGACCCAGCCGCAGGCGGGUCAACACGGCGAGUACUCGACGUCGACGAGCAUGGCCAAUGGAACUGGAGGAGGAGUAGGAAUGGGCGUGGACAACGGCGGUGGCGGAGCAGUGGACGCCUUCAAUACCAGCGGCGAUAUAUUCGAUCUGUUCAACAUGGACGACUACAAGAUGAACUGGGCAGCAGGGGAUUUCACCGUCUAGAUGGUUUAUGUUUCCAUAUAGUCCCCCUUAAAAAAAAGGCAGAGCAGAAUUUUCAAAAUCACAUCUAUAUAUUUCCCCAACUUUGUUCCGUAUCGAAAAGAAAAAACAUACACACAAUCCAGCGUGGUGCUCACUUUUCUCAAAAUAUUCCUGAAGAAUUCGUUUCGAAGAAAGCAAACACACACACACACACACAAAACAAAACAAAUCCUAUUUAUUUUCUAAAUGCAUUUAAAACAUUUGAACGUCAGUUGAAAUUUUGAAACUUUACUAUUUCCAAGAAAAACAAAAAAACAAUGCCAAAAUUGCCGGGAGUAACACUCCAAAAACCAUACUUUGCACCCUUUCCUAUAUAAGCAAGAAAAACAAAAACCACAAAAAACAGCCAAAACAUUUAGAAAAGGAUAACAAGUAAAACUUAUCAUAAACUAUCACUAAAUCGUAAGUCUACAAACAAAAGUUGUAAAGAUCGAUAAAGAGAGAAAAGAAAAAACAAAAGUACAUGUUUCUAAUGAAGGUCAUUCCAAUUUGAGAAUAAUGCGAGUGAAAUCUAACUAACUAAACCGAAUGGAAGAAUGAAUGAGUUGAUGAGUCCAGGAUGAGGAUCAAGAUCUGCAGAAAAUAAAGGAGAGAAAGUGGCAAAGGAAAAAAAGAAAAAAAAAUUAUAAAAAACGUAAAAAAAAUUAUAUUCUUGUUGUGAGAACGACUUAAGUGAAACACAUUCAGUAAUUUUGUUUUAAGUUCUAUUUAAAAUGAAAUGAAUUCAAUUAUUUAAAGCCUACGCAAUGCUUAAUUCUAAUUUGAAAGCGAAAUUAAAUAAAAAUUUAAAACACAAUUUGAGAAGUAUUUCCUGCAAGGAAAGAAAAAGCCUUUAAAGUAGUCGAAGCCACAAACCAGUUAAAUUAAUAUUUAAACUCGGAUCAAUUUCAUUUCAAAUGCUAGCGAAAAUAUAUAUAUUCAUAUUUCUUUUUGUUUUGCAUUCUUAGGCACAGCGAAUUCCGUUACUUAAAUUAAUUCUAAAGAAAAUAUAUUAAAAGCAAUUAAUUUAGCUACUUCGUAAAGUAAUUCAAUUCUGCGGCGUGUACUUAACGCACAUUUAUUAACAGUGUCUAACGCAAUUCGGAAUUGUAAUUGUUUAACUCUUGUAUGCUUACAUAUUUGGCUAAGUGUAUUUUGUAAAUUUGGAGCAUGCCAAGCAUUCGGACAUAUUUUUGAGUGUAAGGCUCAAUAAAAUCAAAUUUAAAUGUAAACUGAAAUAAUUAUACAUUAAGCAAAGGACACAUUUCAAGGAGAAACAAGCAAAAGAGAACCCAAUUCAAAAUUGCAAAGUGUGAAAAACUCAAUACAAUAAAUAUAUUUUUGUAUAAGCGAAUUAUAUAUACUCUACGUUUAGAUCUAGUCUAAAAUUUCACACAUUUCACCCGCAGAGCAAAAGUUAAUCAUCACUUGACACUUGUUUACAUUUGCAAUAAUCUGAUUUAAAUUUGGAUUGUAAGCUUAAAGUAUAUUUAUCAUCGACGCGCUUUAAACACAAAUGAGAAACGUUUCCAUUAUAACAAUUCAUAUAUUAAUUUUAAUGAAUACGUUUAUUGUUAGAACCAAACUUAAUUACAUAACUAAACUUAUUGUUUGAUUAAUUCUAAAUUUAAUUACAUAAAUAUCUAAUUUAAUAUGUUGGCUUGAACAAUUUUUGUGCGUUGCGUUUAAAAGAGAUUUCAUUUAAAUACAAUACAGAAUAAACUCAAUCACGUCAUGAA